AUGCCUAAGAACUCGGGUUACGGAGCUGCCAAGUUUGCCUUAAUCUGGCUCACUAAGACUCUUUGCAUUGAGGGCAAGGAGUACAACAUCUCUGUCAAUGCUGUCGCUACAGCUGGAUUCACCGACCAACUCAUGGCGAACAGUGAGGCCAACCAGGGUCAGGAACUCAUGAAGCAGUUCGGCCCCAUUACUGGCGAGACCAUUGGUGCUAUGGGAAAGAUUGUGACUCGCAUUUUUGUAGCUGAGACGCAUGGCUUCCAGGGUGCUGCCGGGGAGGAAUGGACGCCUAAGACGGUACGGGACAACUGGAAAAAAGUAGACGACGGAAAGGAAUUUGGUAUUUGGAGAAAUACUAAUGAAAUGGAAGCAGCAGUCUUCCCCCGUCUUAUCUAG